CUUGAACUCUAAGUGAUAUAUAAGAGCGCUGAGGGGUUGUCCUGUCUUGCCCCAGCUAUAAGAAGUUUAAGCAUACCCAUCCCCCUGGCCAUUGAGUCCUUUACUUUUGACCAAAACAACUGAGUCCUCCUUUCAAUCUCAAGUACAACUUCUACCCCUAGCCAUCAUAAUGUUCCCCCGUCGACGAAGACCCAUCCUCGGCGCCGCCGUGCUUGUCGGUGCGUCCAGCGUAGCCGCCAAGCGCGAAGUACAACGACAGGGCAUGAUGAGUGCCCAGCGUGAGAUGGAGAUACAGUACCAAGUCGACGCACGCAGACGCGAAGAAGAAGAACAAGAACGACGAACACAGCGCGCCGUCGAAGAAGCCCUGAAGAAGUCGGCCGCAGAAAAUCAGGCUGCCCAGCAGCAACAAGCCGCGGUUGUGUCGCCUCCUCCACAGCAGCAGCAGUUGUACAACAACCCGAUGCCAAUUCAGGGACAAGACAGUGGCUAUCUGACGGCAACGCCUGGACAGCCAGCUUACAUGAUGGCUGCAGCGAGCGCUCCGCCAAACAUGCAGCAGCCGGAGCAGUUCAUGCGAGCUCCUUCUCCGCAGCCGCCGGCAUAUUACUUGUCGGCGUCUCCGUCACAGGAGGCGAGGCCAAAGAGCGCACAAGGACUUCCUGCCCAAGACUCAAAAACUCGAUAUUGUACGCAAUGCGGCUAUGCUUGCCAAGCUGGGGACAGGUUCUGUUCUGGGUGUGGUGCAAAGCAGGCUCCCCAAGAGAGUUUGCUCAUUUGAAGAGUGUGAAUGGGGCUUGCCAUUGCUGGUGCCGUCCGACAAGCAGUCGAAUGGGUCAUUAACAACUGCUUCGUGCCUCAUUGAGUAGGGGACUAUAAGUUUGCCUUUUUUUUGUUUUUU